CCCGAAAACAGGGCUACGCCUUCCUUUCCUUCUUCUCAGAUCGACUCCCCGCAGUUGACAGAUCUCAACUGAGCUCUCUCUCUCUCCCUCUCCUCCAAUCUCCACAAAACCCUAACCCUAGCUCCAAUGGAGGACUACCCUGAAGAGCUCCGAACCCCUCCGGUGUCGCUCAUCUCCCUCAUCGGAUGCCCGGAGCUCCACCCCACGAUCUGCCACUCCGAGCAACCGCCGAUCAACACUCUCGCCCUUCCAGAUUUCUCCAAGAUCCCGAUCCUAUCAAAGAAGUUCAAGGAUCCGCUGGAUUCAGGCCAGUCAGCGGAGAAGACGGCGGGGAUCUUGAAGAAGGAUUGGCUGAUUAAGCACCGGACUAGGGUUCCAUCGGUGGUAGCGGCGAUGUUUAGUGCGGGUGAUGUUAGUGGGGAUCCGGCUCAGUGGCUACAGGUCUGCACCGAUCUUGAUAACCUAAAAUCUGCAAUUCAUGGGAGGAACAUCAAACUCAUUGUUGUGCUCGUGCAGAGGACUACUCAUGAAAAUGUUAGCGAAGAUCUUCUGGUUGCAUUGAGGAAGCGUGCAGAGAUAGACUCUAAAUACUUUCUUCAGUAUGUACAAGAUGAUGCAUCAGAAUUAAGUCAAUCGCUGAACAGGUUGGCAGGCCUAUUUGCAGACUUGUGUAUCACAUACUAUAGGGAGGAAGGGCGAAGGAUAAGGACCCGCAUAGACAAGAGAAGUAUUACUUCUGCAGAGCUUUAUAUUCGCUAUUGCUUCAAGGUUGCUGUAUAUGCGGAGUUUAGAAGAGAUUGGGCAGAAGCAUUAAGAUGUUAUGAAGAUGCCUACCACGCCACACGUGAGAUGAUUGGGACAUCAACGAGGUUGCCCCCUAUCCAACGCUUAGUUGAAAUAAAAGCUGUGGCCGAGCAGUUGCACUUCAAAGUGUCAACCUUGCUGCUCCAUGGUGGAAAAUUGGCAGAAGCAGUUACUUGGUUUCAUAAACAUAUAUCAAAUUAUCAACGGCUCAAGGGAACAGCUGAAGUUGCUUUUCUUCAUUGGGAAUGGUUUAGCAGGCAGUUCUUGGUAUUUGCAGAGUUAAUGGAGACAAGCUCAGCAGCUAUUCCGGACAAUUAUUCUCUCCGUUUUGGCACAUCAGACAAUCAGCUCACUGAGUGGGAGUUUCAACCAGCUUAUUAUUACCAGUUCGCAGCGCAUUACUUGAGGGAGAAAAGGAAUUGUUUGGAUGCCUCUUUGUCUAUGGGAAAUUCAGUCGGAAGCAAUCCAGAAUCCGUGAUGCCUUCAGCAUUUGUUGGCCAAUUUGCUCGGUUAUAUGAGGAAGGUGAUUCAGUAACAAUGCUUCCACUUUCAGAUGUCGAGUAUGUAAGCUAUGCUCUUGCAGAAGGGCAGAGGUUUCAAGAUUCAAUUGAGAUCAUCGCUCUGUUCAGAAGAGCUAGUGAGUCGUUUAGCAGCCUUAAAGCUCUGAGGACAUCUUCUUAUUGCAAUAAUAGAAUGGCUAGGGAGUAUUUUGCUACAGGGGAUUUCGGCAAUGCAAAGCAGCUAUUCGAUGGUAUUGUGGGUCUUUAUCGGCAAGAUGGAUGGGUAACUUUGGUGUGGGAGACCUUGGGUUAUCUAAGAGAAUGCGCAUGGAAACUGGGUUCACCAAGGGAUUUCGUCGAAUACUCCCUUGAAAUGGCCGCAUUGCCCAUAUUUUCUAAUGGUGGAUUGCAGAGCAUUGAGUGCAAGAGCAAAUAUGGCCCUGCUGGUCUUGCAACUCUUUCACGGAGAGAGAUGAUACAGGGUGAGGUUUAUAACCUCAUAAAAGGUACUCAUUCAAGUGAUGGGAACGAUAACGUCUUGGUGUCUGAAGAUCAGCCUCUCACUCUUGAGGUUGACCUUGUAAGCCCACUUAGGAUGGCGCUUCUAGCAUCUGUUACCUUUCAUGAUCAAUCGAUCAAACCAGGUAUAUCAACGUUCAUCACUGUGUCACUUCUCUCCCAACUCCCACUUCCAGUUGAGAUGGAUGAGUUAGAAGUUCAGUUCAAUCAGGACAGUUGUAACUUCAGGAUACUCAGAACUCAGGAAGAACUCUCCUCCGCGAACUAUGGCAUUGAAGAUCAGGGCACCCGGAUAGAGACUGUUCCAACUCUUAUGUUAACGACGAACAAGUGGUUGCGUUUAACUUAUGAAAUCAGAUCAGAACAGAGUGGAAGGCUUGAAUGCGUGUCAGUGACAGCUAAAAUAGGAAAUUGUUUUAGGAUUUGCUGUCGAGCAGAGAGCCCUGCUUCAAUGGAAGAGUUGCCACUAUGGAAGUUUGAGGACAGGGUAGAGACUUUCCCAACCAAAGAUGUCGCUCUCUCAUUCUCAGGCCACAGAUUUAUUCAGGUCGAAGAGCCUGAACCUCAGGUUGAUCUCACCUUAAUAUCUUCUGGUCCUGCAUUAGUUGGUGAAAAUUUUGUCGUUCCUGUAACAGUGGCCUCCAAAGGCCAUCAGAUUCACUCUGGGGAGCUCAAAAUUAAUAUAGUGGAUGCAAAAGGAGGUGGUUUGAUAACGAGUCCCAGAGAUCCUGAGCCCUUUUCUUCCAUCAGCCAUCAUGUCGAGCUCAUGAGCAUCUCAGGGAAAUUCGAGGAAGAUAAAUUGCAAAAUAAUUCUGACAACAUUAAGAAGAUUCAGCAGUCAUUUGGAGUUGUCUCUGUCCCAGCUUUAGAAGCAGGUGAGUCGUGGUCCUGUAAACUGGAGAUCAGAUGGCAUAGACCCAAAUCAGUAAUGCUUUAUGUUUCACUUGGUUACCAGCCAAACAACUUAGGUACGACAUUGCAAAGAGUUAAUGUGCAUAAGAGCUUGCAGAUUGAAGGGCAAACUCCAUUGGUCAUUAGUCACCAUUUUAUGAUGCCAUUCCGAAGAGAACCUUUGCUACUCUCAAUAUUGAAGCCAUCACCUGGUUCUGAGCAGAAGGUGUCAUUGCCUUUGAAUGAGAAAAGCAUCCUCAUCGUGAGUGCUAGAAACUGCACUGAGGUCCCUCUAUGGUUCACAUCAAUGUCUAUUGAAUCAGACAAUGACGACGAAGUUGGAUGCUCUUGCUCAGUGAGUGGUGGCGCUCCUUCUGAGCCUGGCUUUCUUAGUCCUGGUGAAGAGUUCAAGCAAGUUUUCUCACUCACUCCUCAGGUUGAAUCCCCAAAUCUUUGCUUGGGCGCCAUUUACCUAAGGUGGAAUAGAGAUUUAGGUUUUGAUCAACAUUCAAAUUCUUUUGUUGUCACAAAAGAAAAUUUGCCACCUGUAAGAGUGGAAAAGCCUCCAUUUGUUGUAAGUUUAGAAUGCCCUCCUCAUGUUGUUCUUGGAGUCCCCUUCUCAUUCUAUGUAAAGGUCAGAAACCUCACAAGCUUGCUUCAGGAUGUCAAGUACUCGCUUGGGGAUUCUCAGAGCUUUGUGUUUGCUGGAGCUCACAGUGCCGCAGCCUCCAUUCUACCAAAAGCCGAGCACAUAAUCAGUUACAAGCUUGUGGCGUUGGGUUCAGGCCCACAACAACUGCCACGGAUCACAGUGACUUCUGUCAGAUAUUCAGCUGCACUCAAUCUUUCUCUUGCAGCAGCAACUGUUUUUGUCUUCCCUUCAGAACCCUGUUUUGACACAAACAGAGCAAUUAAGGAGUUCGAGUCUGCUUCUCUCGAUUGAAAACCUGUAUUUGAUUGUAAAUCACUCUCUGUCCGGUUGAGGACGCUAAAUUGUGGUCUUCUUUCAGCUGGAUCGGCAUGCCUGAACGAUCAUGAUGUCCAUGCCAAGGUGAGGGCUUGUACAAUCUACACUGUAAUUUGCAAUGGUACUUUGUGUUUAUAGUGAUUUAAGUCAUCAUUGUAGUGUUGGUUACAUUGUUGGAUUUGUCUGGGGAUGGUUGAUAUAGAGGCUGCAUUGGCCAGAACAUAGAUGUCUUUUGGGCUCUGAUGUCAUUAGAAAUUUAUGGGGAUAGGAAUCUUGUUGUUGUGGUUCUACAUGCUGUAUUAUCUGCUUAUUUAGUUUCUGUGCUGGGACUUAUUUGCUUUUGCGUGUUUUAUGUGACACAAUUUGCUAA